AGUUUGUUUUCAAACUGAGUGUGCUUGUGUGUGUGAGAGAGAAGAGCGUGCACAGAGAGGGAGCGGUAGCGCAGCAGUGUUGCAAAGCGGGGAAAGUGCGAUCUGGCACAAACCAGUCGUCCCGCUCGCACCCUAGGCAAGUGUCAAAGUCGGUUCGUUCAGUUGGAGAACAGAAUUGUGGCCGAGAAAAGGCGAAUCAGCGACGAAAUUAGCCCAUUAGCAGGCAUAUAGAUUAGGCCCAGAAGCAUCGCAGUGGUAACUUCACCACCGAAUGGAGGCGGCCAAGGACUUAGUGCGGUCCAAGUACCAGGACUUAUGUAACUUCCUGGAGCGGGACACCCGCGGCAGCGAACUGGUCAUCUACGGCACCUCGGCCCUGCUCCUGGCGGUGGCCUAUGUGAAGCGCAAGCCGGCCUACCUGGUGCGCCAGUUCAAGCAGCCCUCCCACAUCCCGGAGCGCCUGAUCAGCGAGCGGGUGAUGCACACGGGCCGGAUUGCCGGGGUGAAGCAGCAGGAGCAGGACACCCUGCUGAUGAUCCAGCACAAGCCGCUCAUCCCGAUCUUCACCAGCCGCAAGCGCCUGCUGCCCGUGAAGCUGCCCGGCGUUCGGGUCAAUGCCAAUGGCUACUCCUGGCUGCAGCAGUGCCUCAUUGGCCGCGAGGCCACCUUCCUGCCCCUGAAAUCCCCCAAGGGACAGGACUUUGUCGUCUGCCAGCUGUGCCUGGUCCAUCCGCCCCGGGGCAAUCGCCUGCUCGACGUCUCUGAGACGCUGCUCAAGCUGCGCUUUGCCAAGUUCGCCCAGGAUGCCGCCUCCGCAGUGAAGAGGAACGGCAAGUACUACCAGCACCUGAAGAAGGUGGAGCAGAGCACCGCCGAGAAGGAGGCCUGGCUGUCCUGGGCCUCGGGCUAUCCCUACAUCUGGCGCCGCUACAACGAACUGAAGCAGCGCCUGCUGCCCAAGGAGAAGCUGCUGCCGGAGCUGGUGCGCUGAUCCCGAUCUCCAAGCCCAUGCCUCUUACUUAGUCACAGGGCUAGAUCCCUACCACUAGAAUAGUUCAACGGCUAGCUGCUCCCAAUGUGCUUUUCAACUGCUUGGUUUUAGGAAGAUAAGACAAGUGCCUAAGAGAUAGAUCUUCACUAGGCCUUACAGACAUUUGUUUCGCAACUUUUGAAAGCAAUUACACAAUCACUAAGCAGUCUGAAAAGCACAUUAGUUAUAGGACUAGCCACUUAACCAACGAAACGAACGACAAUCGAUGCCCAGGCGGUACGUGAUCGUGUGCUUGUUUCCACGUCCAGUGAAGCCAUAGCGCUAGCAUUUUUUCUAAAUGUUCAAAUAAACAAAAUGUUGUUUUUACCACGGAUGACAUCAGUGCGUGUGCCUGUGUGUACUGUUCGUGUGCGUGCAAGUUUCCCAAAUAAAACGACAAAAUACUUGA